GAGUCCGUCAACUUCGAGAGGAGGCCUGCUAAUAAGCUUGAUUGUGCUAAUCUCCGUGGUGCAGAUCUCCGGCGACUCGGCCGAGCUUGUUUCCGCACUCCGACCAACCGACUCAACCUCAUCUCCGCCUCGCUCACACUUCUUCUCAUCCCAUCAUGACCCGUCUGGACGUCACGAUCCGUACACGCACAUCCGCCGACAUCCCCGCCCUCUGCGACCUGCUAGUCAAGCAGCGCCCGGCGUCGGGCUACCCGGAGCUGUGGCCGCUACCGAUGCCGCUCCCCGACUUUUUGCAGCGGGACCAUGAAGACGGCGCGUGGGUCGCGCUGCUGGACGGCAUGAUUGUGGGCCACAUCGCAACAGCAGAGGUGGUGGAGGCGACCGAGGGCCGCGGCGCACCAGGGCGCAGCGGGAGCACGGCAGGACUCGGCGCGGCCUGGGCCGCCGCGUACGGCUGCCCGAUGGAACGCUUGCGGUGCGUCGGCACGCUGUUCGCCGACGCCGAGUAUGCGCGCUCGGGCAUUGGGUCUGCGCUCCUUGCGGCCGCGACGGAGGAUGUUGUCGCGCGCGGGCUGCUUCCCGUCCUCGACUGCAUCAAGGAGAACGUGCAUGUUGUAGAGUUCUACAAGCGCCGCGGGUGGGUUGUGAUCGGCGAGCAGCGUGCACCGUGGAGUCCCCAUCAGCACAUCGAUGUCGUGCUCAUGAUCUUGCCGGCGCUCAAGCCGGCAACGGGUGUCGAGGUGGGCGCCAAGGAAGAUAUCGCCGCGGAUGUCGUAGUGGGACUCCCCGCAGUUAAGGUGAGGGCGUGAGGAGGCGCACGCUGAGAGGUUGUACACGUACAUACUGUAUGCAUCGACAGGACUGCCCUGCUAGGACUCCG